CGGGCGCGGGCAGCGGCGGCGGGAUGGAGAUGGCGGCGGCGCCGGGCGCGGGGGAGCCGGAGCGCCUGGACUUCCUGCGGGAUCGGCACGUGCGCUUCUUCCAGCGCUGCCUCCAGAUCCUGCCCGAGCGCUACUCGUCCCUGGAGACCAGCAGGUUGACAAUUGCAUUUUUCGCUCUCUCUGGUCUGGAUAUGUUGGAUUCCUUAGAUGUGGUGAACAAAGAUGAUAUAAUAGAAUGGAUUUAUUCCCUGCAGGUCCUUCCCACUGAAGACAGAUCAAACUUGAAUCGCUGUGGAUUCAGAGGCUCUUCGUAUUUAGGGAUGCCAUUCAAUCCCUCCAAGGGUCCAGGUGUAUCUCAUCCCUAUGACAGCGGGCACAUAGCAAUGACUUACACAGGUCUAUCGUGUCUGGUUAUUCUUGGAGAUGAUUUAAGUCGAGUAAAUAAAGAUGCCAUACUGGCAGGACUGAGAGCUCUCCAGCUGGAGGAUGGAAGUUUCUGUGCUGUGCUGGAAGGAAGUGAGAAUGAUAUGAGGUUUGUGUACUGUGCUUCCUGUAUCUGCUACAUGCUUGAUAACUGGUCAGGCAUGGAUAUGAAGAAAGCUAUAGAUUACAUCAGAAGAAGUAUGUCCUAUGAUAAUGGCCUGGCGCAGGGAGCUGGACUGGAAUCUCAUGGUGGCUCUACAUUUUGUGGUAUUGCAUCGCUGUGUUUGAUGGGUAAACUGGAAGAAGUUUUCUCAGAAAAAGAACUGAACAGAAUAAGAAGGUGGUGUAUAAUGAGACAACAGAAUGGCUACCAUGGACGACCCAACAAACCUGUAGACACUUGCUAUUCCUUCUGGGUGGGAGCAACAUUGAAGCUCUUGAACAUAUUCCAAUAUACAAAUUUUGAGAAAAACCGAAAUUACAUCCUGUCAACUCAAGAUCGCCUUGUUGGUGGAUUUGCCAAGUGGCCAGAUAGCCAUCCAGAUGCUUUACAUGCCUACUUUGGGAUCUGUGGUUUGUCAUUAAUUGGAGAAUCUGGUAUUCGCAAAGUUCAUCCUGCCCUGAAUGUAAGCACAAGAACCUCAGAGCGCCUUCACCACCUUCAUCAGAUCUGGAAAACGGACUUUAAACAGUGUUCAGACGACACACACCUCUUUAUGUGACUGAUUUAGACUUGAAUUUAGUUCUGGUAGCAUAAUUGUAGCCCAGGGUUAAAAGCCAUGUAUAACCAAUGUGCUCUUUUAAGUGCUGGAGUCAUACAAUCAGAUCUGUGUUGCUGGCACCACUUCAGUAGGGAGUUGCCUUCAGCAGGUUAUUCUGCAUUGUGGAAAAAGGAGAUAUUUUGAUUAUAUAGAAGUUUGUCACCGCAGACUGUAAAUGGCUUUUCAAAUGGCUUUACUUCUAGGAAAUCCCUUGAGGCGUUUAAACUUCAUUUCAAGUUUAUUUUUUUAAAUUUGUGCAUACUGUGUCAAAAUAUAUAAUGGGGACAUAUUUUCAAAAUCUGUUUACAUAUCAUGCAGUAUAGCACAGAACCUUUUAGUUCUUUAUGAUUUUACUAUUUGACAUAUUUUAGCUAGAGAAUCUCCUAUAUUAAGUCUCAGUUAAAAGUUACCUUUUAUCAUAAACUUUCAGAUUCCAUAAACUUUCUUUUAAAAAACAAAUGAAUUAAUUAAAAAUAAAAUUAUUUUAUUCAAUAUACUGGACUUUUAACGUUGUGUGGCCUUACUAAAUGGAUUUCAUAACUCUUCUGAGUAGCUUUUACACAGUUGCAGUGGAUUGUUAGCCAAACAAAGAAUUUUCAUCUGAAAUAGUUUCUUCAUGUGAAAUUCAAGAAGAGUGUGACAUAUUGAUGUGUGUCAAUAAGAGAUACUUAAGCACUUUUGGAAGUGUACCUGUGUGCAAGAGUAGCAUUAGAACCUGUUUCCAAAGACAAGCCUUUGCAAUACAUUAAAACUGUACAACUGCACUCUGGUGAUUUUUUCAUAUAUAUUUCUCUCUCAGUCUCAAGUAAUACCAAGUUUCUUAACCAUUCUGUGUAAAGAGUGAAACAUUGGACUUUAAAGUACACAGCACUGGUGUACGGUUAGAGUGGUGUUGAACAUCCUCAGCUGCUUUAGUAGUGGUGCUUUACUUUGUGUGCUUGAAGUGCUGUUUAGAACUGAAGCAAGUAACCUUGCAGCUAAUGCAUUUUUGGCCAGUCAGUUUGUGCAUUUCCAGUGUUCAGUAGACACCAGGAUGUCUUUCUGCUUGCGAGUUGUUGGGGCACAUUCUUUUUUGUAAAGGACUUCCAAACACAGGCAAAUGAAGACUUAUGAAAAGAGUUUAAGUACGCCAUUUGCCACUGCUGAGCCCAAAGAGACAGGACAUAGACCCUUUUGGUCAGCAAAACAACCUUCAGGAAUAACCAUUGUCCUGAUUUUGCAAUGCAAGGCAAGGGAAAAGGGUAACAUAGCUUCUGUCACACUUGUGUCAGAGAGAUCCAAUAGGCAUCUUUAGGCUACCAGAACAAUCCCAGUGUCCAACCCUGUUGCAGCCUUCCUACCUAAAUAUAUUGGUUUUAUUUCUAUAGCAGAUUAAUUUGCAUGGCAGCAUUGGGAACAUUAGUAGUGCAAGUGAACUGCUUGGAAAAGCAGAGGAGGAGCAGGGGGUGGUAAAAUAUGUCAUUUGGGCAUGUGCCAGCAGGCACUUCCCUUGGGAGAGGAGGUACUACAUGGCUGUAAAAACUAAGAAGUUGGGAGCAGUGAAACCAAGAGAACUGUGGGGCUGGCACUGCGGAGGGGGAAUGAGGUGCUUGAGUAUAACUGGUGCAGAGUAAGAUAAUUGAAAAUUGGGAUAUAGGAAGAGUGUAGGCAAGAGAAAACUAAAGAAGGGCAAAGGAGGAACACAGAGCUUGGGAAUUGGUUUUGUUUCCCACAUACUGAGAUGCUCAGAAGCUCAGCUACAAAUAAAAAUAAAAAGUAAGAUACCUAAAAGAGGGGACCUAUCAGACUGGGGGCUCACUACAACAGUUCAUCUGGGAAUCCUGUUUUUCUGGGGAGGCUUAGUGGGAUGUUGGUCAGCAGGGGCUGAAGUAGCUUCCCUGAACAGAAGACUCUCAGGUCACAGGGGCCACCAUAGCUGAAAACCCAUUUAAAAUGAAACAAAAAAAAUCUUGGAGUAAAAUUGUUCAAAAUAGCAUGGUAUUUGUUUGUCUUGAUAUCAGGUGGUGGCCACAAGUUAAAUCAUGAUAGAGUGAGGUGGAACAUGUAGUUACAAAGAUGAGAUGUAAUUGUAGCUACCCAUACCUACCAUUGUCUUUGCUUCCAUGGUGAACCAUCUACGAGUUUUUUAGCAUUUACUACAUACCCUGUUAGAGGAAGUAGCUUUGAAUUUCAGAAGAGUUGAAUAAGAUACUCUUAGUAUGUGCUGGGAAACAACCCAAAUAUUGAUUCUUGCUUAGCUUCAUGAGGAAUUAUGUACUUGAUUAUUGUGGGGCAAAUCCAUACUUGCAAAAUUCAAAAUUGUGGUUCCUGAGUUUCCUUGUCUGUGACCAGCUUCUCAUCUGUGAGCAACAUCAGAGAAGCAGAAAUAAGGGCUAACAGUGAAAAAUCACAUUAUGUGAACAAGAAUUUCAAUUCUCCCAGCAAGUGAUUUAAGAGUGUUCUGCUUCAAAAAGCAGCUGAUAUUUCUUGCUUUGUUUUCUGUAUUUGUAAGCUAUUUUGGGUUGUUUACAUGGAUUUUACAUUUCAAUCUCCUUGGCCCACAGUUACUCUGCAACUUUUUGCUUUUUCCCCAAGUAAAGAACAGCAUCUUUCAGGCUUAAUGUCGACAACAGAGUUAUCAUUUUCUAAAGAUUGCAUGAGGCAUAUUUGUUUUGCAUUAACUCCCAAAGUUUGAUUGAAGCCAACAAAAUGUGUAUGCCUUCACCCCACUCUAUGUGAUUACUUUAAUUGGUUUGAAAUCUUCAAUCUUAUUAACUUGAUGAAAAAUCUGUAUUAAUAACCAAUGUUCUAUGCAUGAUUUGACAUUUUUAAUGCCCCAGCUGAUGUCAGGCAAACAAAUGGUGAACAUGGAAUGUUCCUGUGGCGCAGACAUUUUGGUUCUGACUGUGUAUUGAAUUGCCUCUACCAUUUUUGUGGUUUAUCAUGUCUUCUGACUAGAAAAAUGCUAAACAAUAAAUCAAUGGACAACAGUUUCACAGAUAAGAAGUCCAUGACCUAAAAUCUCUCUUAAAAUGCAUUUGUCCAAAUGCAGCUAAAACUUAAAUGGGAACUGUGAAGCUUAAAUGUCGCUAGAAAAAGCAAAACAUGUGAUUACUACCCAGUGUCCUGUUACUACAUGCCCAUGUCAAAUGUCUCCAGCUUUCUUGUGGAUCCCUUCAGGUCCUGGAAGGUGCUAUAAGGUCUCCCUGGAACCUUGUCCUUCCCAGGCUGAACAUCUCCCUUCAUAGGAGGGAUGUUCCAGCCCUCAGAUCAGUUUUGUGGCCCUCCUUUGUACCUGCUCCAACAGGUCUGUGUCCUUCAUAUGCUGGGUAUCCCAGAGCUGGACACAGUGCUCCAGAUGAGGUCUCACCAGAGUGGAGUAGAGGCAGAAUCACCUCCCUCAAUCUGCUGGCCAUGCUGC